CUAUGGUUCUUCUUGAACCCUCUUAUUUUAUUAUUCACAAGCGUAAACAGCUAUAUCUAAACCAAGUAAGACCUUGUACUCAUCUAUAUAACAUUCCAAAACCCCAAACAGCCGAGGACUUUAGAUUUUAGAUUACAUAGUCCCAAGGAGUCCUGACUGUGUAUCACUUUUAGCAUUUAAAACCAAAACCCAAUCACCUUCUUUAGCCAUUCUUUCCCUCCAAAACAGCAAAGAUGAGUCUAAGAGACAUUGAAGCCACACUACCUGCAGGUUUCAGAUUCUACCCUAGUGAUCAGGAGUUGGUCUGCCACUAUCUAUUCAAGAAGAUUGCUAAUGAAAGAGUCUCUAAGGGAACCAUGGUAGAAGUGGACUUGCAUACUUGUGAACCCUGGCAACUACCAGAUGUGGCCAAGCUUGGUGCCAAUGAAUGGUACUUCUUCAGUUUCCGGGACCGUAAAUACGCCUCCGGCCUGCGAACCAACCGAGCGACGAUUUCAGGAUACUGGAAGGCUACCGGUAAAGAUCGUCCGAUAUAUGAGCCCAACUCCCGUGCAAUUGUGGGUAUGAGGAAGACUUUGGUUUUUUACCGUAACAGAGCACCAAAUGGGAUCAAGACUGGUUGGAUCAUGCAUGAGUUUCGUCUCCAGAACCCUUUUAUGCCUCCCAAGGAAGAUUGGGUGCUUUGCAGAGUCUUUAACAAAAGUAGGGCAUCAGAGCGCAGGGAGAGCUCCAACCAGCUGGAAAAUGAAUAUGAAACAUCAAAUGGAGGAGUCUCUCCUCCAAAUUUAUCCUCAUCAUCUCACUCUACUUAUAACCAACCACAUCUCUCAUAUGGGUCCCACCAAACCAACUCAUUUCCUCAUGAACUCCUACAUCAUGAAGCUGCAGGCCACAACAGUCUACUAAAUUUAGCAGUUUUCAAUGCCAAUAUUUCUCCACAGCAAGAUCAAGAGAGCAACAAACCCUUCUUUGAGAUUCAGUCUAGAAUAAGAGGUGAUGAUCAGUAUGGAUUUCUACUCAAUAUGGGUUUGGAAGACAACAACUUUGGGAACCAAGAAGCUUCAAGUUUAGAGGAGAUGAAGUUUGAAGAUUAUGAUAAUAUUGUUUUUAUCUAGAUUGAAUUAAUAGUUAAUAAUAUAUAGAAGACAUAAUUAAAUAUACCAUAGCUCUACUAGUUACCCCAUUUGUUCAUGCAUCCAUUUGUCUGUAUAGACCAUAUUAGAUUAUGUUUGGUUUGGAGCUUAGAUGUUAGAGAUCAAAGAUGCUCUUUGGGGCCUGUAAUUAUUAUAUUUAUGUUAGGAUGUAAAUAUCACAUAAAUCAAAAAUAUAUGAACAUCAA